AUGGUAGGAGUAAUUUUAUAUGCUGACCUUAUAAUGAAUUAUCCUUUUAGAAACUCUUUGAUCUCCAAGCUUUACAUAAUUGGAUGCAACUACUUUUAUGUCUCUGUCACAGUUAUUUGUGUUUGGAACUACGAUUAUACUAUUUACGAUAGCGAUCUCUUUUAUUUUAUGGCUUUCUUGAUGAUGUUACUGUCUUAUUUUCUUUACAACAUCCAAAAUUAUUAGCUUGAAAAUAUUCUUCACCUUACUCAUGAAAACUUUGAAAUGCUGUACAUGCAUUUAGAUUUUUACUUGGAGGAACUUGUAAGAUUUGGAAUCGAUCAAUAUAAAAAUGAAUUCAAUAGGUUUAAGUUAUUUUAAUUGUUAGGAUACCAUAAAUAGAAAUGCAUAUUUUUGGAUUGUUACUGCAAACGAACUAAUUUCAAAGAUCAUAAGGACAAUCUCAACUAUUAAGACUUGCUCAUUCUAGUGGAUGAUUUAUUUUUACAAUUCUUGAAUAGUAAAAUAAUAUCUAAAAAUGAUUAUGAAAGGGAACAUCUAUAUUUAAAAUAUAUUUCUUUCAUUACAAAUUAUAGAAACAAUCCUAUCAGAGCAUAUUAUGUUUUGAAAAGCUAUUUAGCUAAAUAUAAGAAAUCUUCAUUUUAUUUUGCAACAAUUAGCAAAGUUUUAUCAGCAAAAAUAGAAAAAUAAAUUGAAGAAAAGUAGCACCUUUUUUAUUAAAUAUCUAAGAUAAAUGAAGCUUAAGCUAAUAGCAAAAUUAAAGAAACGGUUAAAACCAAGGAAGUUGAAUAAACAUUAAGUUUAAAAUAAAAUUUAUUACCUCUUUUUAUCAGUUUUGUGAAAAGCAAAAUUGAUUAUUGGUAGAGAGUUAUAAACGGUUUUGAUAAUAUAGAUUAGUUUUCGAAGUAGACAAUGCUUUUUUCAAAAAAAAGCUUUAUAAUUCAAUAAAAUUUUAACGAGUUAUUUUCAAAUGAAAAUAAAUUGAUUUCUUUGGAUGAGAAUGCGAUUGUAGCCAAGCUAAUCUCAAUUUAUAAAUGCAUUGUAAUGAACUAGCUUAGUUAAUCCUAUAAAUAUGAAACUCUGUUUAUAAGCUUAAAGAAAAACGAUUUCUCUAAACCCUAUUUCACUAUAAAUUAAUAUAAUUUAGCAGAUUAAAAUGUUUAGCAUUUUGUAAUAAGCAUCUCUAAAGAAAGAGGCAAGAUAUUGAGUAAAAAAACUUAAGAGUAGGCUAACCUUUUUGGAUAUUACCUUAAAGAUUUUGAAUAAAUUUAGUUUAUAGACCAACUCAUCCCCCCUUUUAUAUCAGUGUGUCAUAAUUAACUCAUUGAAAAUAUGAUAUAGAGAGGCGCCACACUCUAUCUCUAAAGGAGCAAAUAAACGUUUGCCAAAAGCUGUUAAGGAUUUAUAUUUCCAAUUAAUAUAUAUUUAGACCACUUCCACUAGUACGAUGAUGAUUUCUGUAUGUUUGGUGUAGUUUUAAAACUAAAAUCUAGCAAGUAAUAUAUAAUAUUUGACUAAUAAGGAAAGAUAAAAGGGUUUUCAAAAAAAAUAUUUCAUUAAAUAUUCAAGUAAAGAAACGAUAUAAAAAACAAAUUAAUCAAGCAGGAAUAAGAUUGUGAAGUGAUUACUUUAUCAUAGGCCAUGCUAAAUUUAAAUUUGUUUGUACUAAUGCCAAAAUUAGCUUAAAAUGUUGAAAAUUUAUUUUAAUCUUGUGAAGAUUUAGAAUAGGAGAAUAAGUAAAAUAUUAUUAAUUCAAUCAAAUCAAAUCCACUAACAAAAUAUAUAUAAAAUGUUACAAGUAAUUCAGAAGAAUACAUUGAAAACAUAGUCUUUCCUAGAAAGGCUUAAGAGCUUUCUUAAAACCUUGAAAAAUUCUUAGCUACUACCAUCAAAGGGGGUGCAUUGAAAAAAUCUCAAAAAAUUACUAACGAAAGCGUCUAGUCUGAGCACAUUGGAUUUACAAGCUAUGAAUAGUUUUAUCAAAAUAACAUAAAAGGACAUAAAUAGAUAAAAAUUUAUUAUAAUUUAUGA